AUGGUCAACGUGCCAAAAGCCAGAAGAACUUUCUGUGACGGCAAGUGCCGCAAGCACACCAACCAUAAGGUUACCCAAUACAAGAAGGGAAAGGAGUCCAAGUUCGCUCAAGGACGUCGUCGUUACGACAGAAAGCAAUCUGGAUUCGGAGGACAAACCAAGCCAAUCUUCAGAAAGAAGGCCAAGACCACCAAGAAAAUCGUCUUGAGAAUGGAGUGCACCGAGUGCAAGCACAAGAAGCAACUCCCAAUCAAGAGUUUAUUUUUGGAAUACAACAACGAAAUUAACAGCUUAGAACUGGAUGACUUGUCCAUGCAAACACUUCGAGCUCGGAGGACAGAAGAAGUCCCGCGGACAAGUCAUCCAGUUCUAAGCUGUUAA